CUGCGGCGGUCCAGGUCGGAAAUGGCGGCAGUGGCUGCGUCUCGGGUGUCUGGGCUGCUGGGUCGCUCCCGGGCACAGCUGGGGCGGCGUAUGUCGAGUGGCGCCCACGGCGAGGAGGGCUCAGCUCGCAUGUGGAAGGCCCUCACCUACUUCGUCGCGCUCCCCGGGGUCGGGGUGAGCAUGCUGAACGUCUUCCUGAAGUCGCACCACGGAGAGCACGAGAGACCCGAGUUCGUCGCCUACCCUCAUCUCCGCAUCAGGUCCAAGCCGUUUCCCUGGGGAGAUGGUAACCAUACUCUAUUCCAUAACGCUCAUGUGAAUCCACUUCCAACCGGCUAUGAAGAGGAAUAAAGAGAACUGGGACCACCGCCCAAUGGGGACCACAGCACUGGUUUGGACUAUUACUGUGCACAUGGACCAGAAAAGUGUAUGGGACCUUAAGCUUGCCUUCCUCACUUGUAUCAAAUGAUGACCAAUAUACUGAUCUUCCGUCUUUGCUUAUGGCAGGAGAUGGCUUAAAUAAAUAGAUUAGUCAUGAGCUGA